AUGGUGGGUAGGGCGGAUAAUGGGCGAGGGGCGGGUGGAGGGAGGGGAGGAGAAGGCGGAGGAGAGGGACAUGGGGGAGGUGGCACGGCUGUGGCCUUCCCAGCAGGUUCCCCAGCUGCUUCUCCAGCUGCAGAUGCCGCUGCUGCUGCUUGUCGGUCUGCCUCGUCGGUUGCUGCGGUCUUCUCACAGAUUCUACUAAGGAAGGGCGAGCGGGCGCUAGUGAGGGAAGGAGAUCGGGGAGCAAAGCGAGCAGGGGAGCGCACGAGGCGGGGCGAGAGGGCAGCACCAGCAGAUGAUCGGCGGUAUGGGCCAGGGGAGCGUGGGGGAGCAGGCGAGCGGGGAGGAAUGGGUGAGCGGGGAGGAGCAGGGGAGCGAGGGGGGAUUGGAGAGCGAGGAGGGAUAGGGGAGCGGGGAGGAGCGGGAGAGCAGGGAGGGGCGGGGGAGGCGGGGGCAGAGAGAGCAGGGGAAGGGGGAGGGGCACGGGGGCGCCGAGAGAGAACAUACGACUCCUCGCUAGGAGAGGGAGGAAAGGAGGAGGAAGGGUGGGAGUUGACAGCACUCAAGAACCUCUCGCAACGGGGAAACCUGUUAGAGGGAGGAGUUGAGGGUGACGCUUUAGAAGGUGAUUCGUUAGAAGGUGACCCGUUACAGGGUGACCCCUUACAGGGAGAGGUUUCAGCAGACGGGGGCGCUCGAGGGGAAAGAGGGGCCGCCUGGGGGGAGGAGUUGAGGGAAGACUCGAAGUCCCUGGGGGUGUGGGGCGACCACAGGGCGGUACUAUGUGAGCCGGCAGUGCGAGGGGAGGGUGUUACUGGGGAAGGUAGAUCUGGGGCAGGUGCAUUGAAAGCCUCUUCCAGCGGAUCUUCUGCUGCUGAAUUGGCAAGGGGGCGGAGGGAGGGCAGAUAUAGGGUCCUGCUGGCGUCAGCAGGUGCUAUGGAUGAGUCAUCGUGGGAGAAUGAUGAUGUCGGAAUGGAUGAUGACGUGGAAGGCGAUGGUGAUGACGUGGUUCUUCUGACUAUUGCAGUGGUGGCGGAAGGAGGAACAGAGUCAGGGGAAAUGGGGUCUUCCGCUUCAGGAACAGGAGAUAGGACAGGAGGAGGAAGUGGCAAAUGA